CGCACGCGCCGCACGCCCCGCACGCGCCGCACGCGCCCCACCCGCCCCACGCGCCACACGCGCCCCACGCGCAUCCACAUCAACUACUCGUACCGCAUGCGCCUCUGUUUAAAGACGUGAGCAAAAUGUCUUCACUGUAUCGGAGUGGUAUUGGACUUGGCUACCCGUACUCAUCGAGUUUACUACACCCUACUGGACCCUACGUGCCUCCUACGCCACUUACCACAUACGCUCCGAAGCCCGUAGUGUCAGCCGCAAGCGACUCCACCUCUAAACCACCACCACGCCCCGCUGUCGCGAAAAGUGGAAAAUGGAACGCGAUGCACGUUAGGAUAGCUUGGGAGAUAUACAACCACCAACAGAAGGAGAAGACCGGCGGUGGGGCCGCCGUGCCGGGUGCCGCUGACAAGGACAAGCUGCGAGCCUUCCCCGCCCCCGCGCCUCCCCCGCCCACGUACCGCUCGCCCUACGAGCUGCCGCCCGCGCCUUACCUGCCGCACCAUCCGCACCUAGGUACGCUCCGCCGCCUCGAGCCCGGCCUGCCCGCGCCCGCGCCCGCCCCGUCUCACCGAGCUGUGCGCGUUUCAGGCGUGUCCCCCUUCGGACGCUACGGGCCCACGGCCUACCCCGGCGCGCCGCCCUUCGGGCUCACGGCGUACGGGCGCGAGCUGGCGCUGUCCUCUUCCUUGCACGGCGUGCACCACGCGCCGCCACUCGGCGCGCUGCACGACGCCUGGCGCAACGUGCGCCCGCCCGCACCGCCCGCGCCCGACGCGCGCCGCGACCAUGAAGAGCGCGAGCGUGCGCGUCGGGAGCGGGACGAGCGCGAGCGGCGCGAGAGGGACGAACGUGAGCGACGCAAGGCGCGCGAGCAACGCGACCAGCGAGACCGCGACCUCGAGCGAGCACGUGCGCGCUCUCCGCUCCGCAACGGUGCUGUCGAGGUCAAGGAUGAGCGCAAGGAACCUCCGCGUCAUCCGCCGCCGCCCUCGCUGGCCGCUUAUCCACCGCCUCCGCCGUGGGAUCCCUACCGUUCAUUCGACCCGCUUCAACACAUGCGGUUCGCGCCGCUAGUAGAGGCGGCCAUACGAGCGGAAGAGGACCGUGCCAAGAUGCUGAGCGCGUACGCGCACCACCAGCAGAUGAAGUCGAGCCCACUACUGCACCGCGCGCUGCCGCCGCAUGCUCCGUUGGCGCCGCUGGGGUCGCACGGGGCGCUGGCCCCGCUGGCGCCCCUGGCCCCGCCGCUAGCUCCCCUGGCGCCCUUAGACCUGCUCAAGAAGGAAGAGCCGCGAUGAUAGCGAUCAGGCGCAACAGCCGUGUCGCCGAGUGUGUACAUAGAGUAGCGUAAACGACGUCGCAAGUGAGAGUACGACUAAUUUAAUGUAUAUCGUUUCGCAUUAUCGGUUUAGAGAAUUAUUUAUUGUAACGUCGCUUACUGACGGUGUCGGUUCCGUCGGCCGGCCGUCUCGCCGGCUCGUUGUUGGGACGCUAAGGUAGUCGAGUGAGUGAGCAGGCGGCGAGGCGGAGUGAGAGUGGAGAGUGCGACGAGCUCGCUUUCUCUCUGUGUGCAAUAUUGGACGAGGACACUGGCCGCUCGUCGCCGCCGGCCUUGUACACUACUGCUUGUUUAUUUACAUGGAAAUAUCUAUCGAGUUGUUAUUGUGACCAUUAUUAGUUAAUUAUACAUGAAAAUUGCUGAUUAUUGUGAAGGAUAGGAUUAUCGAAAUCGCUAUCGAUAUAAUUAUACAUAUUUAUAUAUACUUAUAAAUAAACUGUAAAUAUUAGUUUGUAAAUUAGCGUUAAAGUAUAGAAUUGGUUUAUUUAACGUCAUACAAAAGAAAAUCCCAUAAAUUAUUAUUGCAUCGGGAGUUUAAUUUACACUUCCGUUAAAAAUCUCAAUGGUUUUUCAAUUGUACCAGUGGAGUUUUAUUUAUUUAUUUAUACUCCUAUUAGUGAACACAAUUUCAGGAAUAGCAGUUAUUUCGUUUAAAUGCAUUUAAAAUAUGUGAUAUUAUUGUAUUGUGAAAUACAUUUUGUCUGACUUCAAAGUAGUGUCUCAUCAAGUAUGUAGAUGUAACAGUUAUACAAUUAUGGCCGGAUUUGUAUUUAUCAGAAAUCAUGGUGUUCUCGGUUUAAGUAUUUGUGAGCAAGUGAAGUAAUCUAAAAUUAUUUGUUUAGCGACCUUAUUAUUAUGACAUGUACUAGUAAACUCUUAUGUGCCAUUGAAUCAUUAAUGAAAAGGCAUUGGGUCAGACAAAAUUGAAUUUAGGAUCUGUAACUACAGAUACAUUUAACGGUUUGUGUUCUUAAAAUCUCAGGAAUGACUCAGAAUUAUUAUAGUUUAUUCAAAAUCAUUCUGUAUACUAAAAGUAAAUGAAAGCUUGGUGCGAUUCAGAAAAUACCAUUAAAACUUUUGAUUUUUAUACCAA